GCGCAGGCGCUUCCUCAUCCUGGGCGUCCGCAAACAGCAGCAGAGAAGAUGGCCGGUCAUCGGUUGGUCCUGGUGUUGGGCGACCUGCACAUCCCCCAUCGGUGCAACACGCUGCCGGCUAAGUUCAAGAAGCUGCUGGUCCCGGGGAAGAUCCAGCACAUCCUCUGCACGGGGAACCUCUGCACCAAGGAGAGCUACGACUACCUGAAGACCCUCGCCGGGGACGUCCACAUAGUUCGCGGAGACUUUGACGAGAACCUGAACUACCCGGAGCAGAAGGUGGUCACUGUGGGCCAGUUCAAGAUCGGCCUGAUCCACGGCCACCAGGUGAUCCCGUGGGGCGACAUGGCCAGCCUGGCGCUGCUGCAGAGACAGCUCAACGUAGAUAUCCUCAUCUCCGGGCACACGCACAAGUUCGAGGCCUUCGAGAACGAAAACAAGUUCUACAUCAACCCCGGUUCUGCCACCGGAGCCUACAAUCCCCUGGAAAGAAACAUCAUCCCCUCAUUUGUAUUAAUGGACAUCCAGGCGUCCACCGUGGUGACGUACGUCUAUCAGCUGAUCGGGGACGACGUCAAGGUGGAGAGAAUCGAGUACAAGAAGUCCUGAAAGGUGUGAGGAGGAAGAGUUGAGGCUAGUGUCUUCAUUCCUGUCCACCAGGGGGCAGCACCUCCCUGAGUCACACUAAAACUGACCUGCAACUCACCUCUGAAACACCUGUGUAUUAUAUUGUUUAUACAGUAGCUGCUUAUAGCGUUAGAAAAUUCAAUAUCAAAUGUUUUGCUACUAAAACAAAUAUUUGGUGCCAUUUUCUUUUCUUCCUCAUGUCGUGUGCAUGUGAACAACCGGCCUUUAGUCUCCUGUAGUCGUUCUUUUACUUCCACAAUAAAACUUUAUUUCA